AUGGACCAGGAUUCGUUCGCGCGGACGUUGAGGGAGCUGGAGAGCGGCACCGGUAAGUUCACCUCGCAGGUGGCCCAGACGGUGCGUCAGCUGAGGGAGGAUGUACACCUGGACCUUCCCGAUGUUUCGAUUGGUGACCCACAAAUCGCGGCGGAGGAUGACGUGUUGGUGGGUAAGAUCGAGGUGGCCGCCGUCGGUUGGUCAUCCACGCUCCAGUCCACGAUAUCCGCCGAGAAGGAGAAGACGGUGCCGGGGCGGGGUCCACUCGGGGAGAUUGAGUUCUGGCGCGACAGGAACGCGGCGCUGUCUUCGCUGUUUGAGCAGUUGAACACGCCGCGGGUGCGCGGGAUGGUGGAGGUCAUGGAGAAGUCGCCGCACGUCGGUGCCAAGACAAUCGAGGCGUUCAGGGUUCAGUUCGCGGAGCUCACAAAGCUAUACAUCGAGACGAAAGACAACGUCAAGUUUCUCACGACCCUCGAGAGGCACUUCAAGGCUAUUUCGCACUAUAGGCAGAUGCCUGGCGGCAACUUACAGACUGUGCUUGACGCUUUAUCUCCGAUGAUCAACGCGUUGCGCAUGGUGUGGAUCAUCUCCCACCACUACUCCGACGACCAGCGCAUGGGUGGGCUCAUGUUACGGAUCGCCAACGAGAUUGGGGACCGAAUCAUCGACGAGCUUGACGUCGAGGCGCUCUUCACCAAGAUGCCAACUGCAGAGGCCAUGGCCAAGGUUGAGCUGGCGAAGAAAACUGCCGAGGCUUGGCGGUCCACGUACAUGUCUAUGCGCGAGAAGAUCGAACAGCAGGGACGCGACGCGAGGUGGGAGUUCGACGCCAAGACGCUGUUUGCGCGCACCGACUACAUCGCAGUGAUAUGCGGUGACCUGCACGGUAUGCUCGGCGUCAUCGAGGGUUUCAACAAGUUCCUAGGUCCGCAGCUCAAGGCGGUGACUGGCGACCCCGAGGGUAUCGACGCGAUGCUCGACCGCGUGCGUGACAUGACUAAGCUCGCGGUGGACGUCGAGUUCGACGUGUUCGAUAAGAAGACCUUCUCCGACUGGGCGGACGUCGACAGCGAUUUUGAGGCUGAGAAGGAGACCAUCGAGCGGAGCACCAAGGAGCUCAUCGACGCGAGCUUCAAGAAACUGAGCAACGCAGAGGCUGCCUUUGACCUGAUGCAGAACUUCAAGGCUAUGGAGAGCGAAGGCGCGAUAGGCCGAGCGAUCGAGGGCAAGAUGACGGACAUCCUUGAGCAGUUCACCCGGGAGAUUGUCAACAUGCGGCAGAUGUUUGACAAAAACUACAAGGCUCCCGAGGUGUACCGCGGCCAGCCCCCGGUGGCGGGAGCCAUCGCAUGGAGCCGCAGCCUCUUCAGCAAGAUUCGCAAGACGAUGACUAAGUUCCAGAGGGACGCUGAGAGGGAGAUGCGAACCGAACCCGCCGCUGCGGUGGCCACGCGCAAGUACACCGACUUUGCGAAAGCUGUGAUGAAGUACGAGAAGAAGCUCUAUGGGGACUGGGUGGAAGUUGCCGACCAGACCGCGCUGCGACACUUGAAGGAUCCCAUCCUGCGUAUCGACGAGGAGAGCGGCGAGAUGAAGUGCAACUUCAGCACGAACCUGCACGCGAUCAUCAAGGAGAGCGACUACCUGAGCGGCAUGAACUUUGAGAUUCCCGAGGUUGCCAUGAAGACCAUGCUUGCGGAGGACCACUUCAUCGACCUCAGGCGCGCGAUCGAGGACAUGCUUGAGCUCUACCACGAGACCGUGGACCUCACCCGGGUUGAGCAGAGCCUUUACAGCGUUAAGCUCGCCGAGCUUAAGACCGUGCUGCAGCCAGGUUUCCAUCCCCUCAACUGGAACUCCCUUGGUAUUUUUGAGUACUGCGAGCGGUGCACCAAUGCCAUCAAUGAGUUCCAGACACUGGUCAACCAGGUCAACAAGAGCUCGGGGAUCAUCGAGGACAUCAUAAAAGAGAUUUCCACCACCGCGGUCGUCACGGAGCCCCCGCACGGCGAGGAGCUGCUGGACAUGCAGGAGAUGUGCGAGUUCAUUGAGAGGAACAGGCGCGACAUCGUCGACAGGCUCAUUGGGAAGUACCGCAGCAUCGGCCCGCUCCUGGGCAAGGUUGAGGAAGCCGUCGCCGGUACAAACACCGGCAGGUCGCCCCAGCUCCGCGACUACUACGCGCACUGGGAGAAGGAGGUACUCAACGGUUUGAAUUCCAUGGUGAUGACCUCGCUGAAUGGGUGGAUCGAGCUGCUCAUCCACAGGGACCCAUCGAACGCUGAGGCACUCGGGUACGUCGACGGUUACAAGAACAGCAGCAAGCUCUCCCUCCUCAAGAUGAACGUCUAUCUCAACACGCCCGAGCUCGGCGUACAACCGCCCCUCAAGGAAGCCAGAGUGAUGAUGACCACGGUGAACAACAACAUCCUGGAGUCCAUCUCGCCCUUCGUGCGGUGGUUGGAGAACACGUGCGUCGAGUCACCGCCGCUGCCAAACCCUGAGGACGAAGACGAGCCCAUUAUCGUCAACUUCCUCGCUGAGGUUUCCAAGAACGAGGAGAUAAUCGCGCUGAUGGGCUACAUAGAGGACGCUGUCAGGCAGACUAUCGACUCAGUCGCAGCGUUCGUUGACGGCUGGAACGAUCAGAGGCACGACGUUGGCGGGUGGGACUCUGCGCUGUGGAAGACAGACAAGGAGGUUUUCGUCGAUAAGAUGCUCGAUCGCAAACCCACCGUCGAGGAGUUCGCGGAGACCUUCAGGGUAUACACCGAAUUGGCCGAGGAGAUCGAGACGUACGCCGCGGACAGGGACUUCGACUUCAUCAAGGUUGUGUCCGUGUCGCUGGGUGAGUCACUGAAGCAGGAAUGCGCCAACUGGAUCAAGGUGAUAGGUCGGGAGAUGGACCGAGUCGAUUCCGAGAGGGUGGCGCGGAUAUCCACCGAUUUGUCCGACAAGAACACCGGGAUCCACAUUGAGUGCAACACCCUGGAUGACCUCAAGAGCGUGCUGAAGAUAAUCGCGUGGGUGCGCAACGGCGAUAUGGAGAUGGAGCUCGAAUACGAAGAUGUCGAGGAACGAUUCCGAACGCGGCGGAUUUACGGCAUUGACAUGAACGAGGACGUAUUCAACGCCGCGUUCGCCAUCAGGGUCACGUGGGCGGCGCUGCAGGCGGAGUGCGAGAGGGUGGACGACACCCUGGUCGACCGCAAGGUUCACUUCACAGAGGUGACCAUAAAGCAGGUUGAGAAGUUUACGCAGGCUGUGAAGGAGUUUCAGCAUCGGCUUGCGACGGAGGGUCCGGGUAUCCCUGACGUCGUGCUGGACGAGGGGCUCGUGUCUCUGGAUCAGUUCAUCGAGGAGUUCGAUGAGAAGACCGCGAUGAAAGAUGAGCUCACCGUGGCCGAGAAACUCUUCAACUUGCCGGUCACAUCCUACCCGGAACUGGAUGAGGUUUCGAAAGAGCUCGAAGUUCAGAAGAAGAUCUACGCCGUUUACAGCGCGCACCUCGACACCAUCAAGCAGCUGGGCGAGUCGCUGUUCGCGGAGCUGGACAUCCGAAAGCUCUUCGCGUUCGCCGACGACUUCAAAGGCCGAAUAAAAGACAUGUCCGAGGUCAAGGAGCUCGCCGACGCGCCCGUGUUUGCCAAGGUUGCCGAGACGAUUGAGGGUUUCAAGGAUUCGCUCCCGCUCAUUGAGAACCUCAAAUCUGACGCUCUGCGGGACAGGCACUGGAAACAGCUCAUCGCCGUCACCGGCCAAGACCCCGACUUCAACACCGAUCCCGCCACGUUCAAACUCGCGGAUCUCUUCGGUAUGGAGCUGCACAAGUUCAGGGACGAUGUGCUUCAGCUGUGCGUCGCCGCCGAGAAGGAGCUCAAGAUUGAAGCCGAUGUUGCCGAGCUCUCUGGGGUUUGGAGGGACCAAAAGUUUGAGCUGAUGCGGUAUGUCAAGGGUGACGUAGACAAGGGGAAUGUGCUGAAGACCGUGGACGAGAUCACGCUGGUGAUCGAGGAUAUGACCCUGACCCUCCAGUCCAUGCUCGCGUCCAGGUUCGUCAAACCGUUCCUUCAGGAUGUGCAGCUGUGGGAGAAGAAGCUGUCGCUUAUUGCCGAGGUCAUUGAGAUUUGGAUGGAGGUGCAGCGCAAGUGGAUGUACCUCGAGUCAAUCUUCAUAGGGAGCGAAGACAUUCGGGAGCAGCUGCCAGAGGAGGCGAAACGAUUUGACAGGAUCGACAGGGACUUUAAGGAGAUCAUGGAGGACACGAGCAAGAACACCAACAUCCUGGAGUGCUGCUCGGUGAAGGGCCGGCUUGAAAAGCUCCAAGAGAUUUUUGAACUCCUCGAGCGGUGCCAGAAAUCACUCUCUGACUACCUCGACGUCAAGAGGAACGCGUUCCCUCGCUUCUUCUACAUCUCCGACGACGAGCUUCUUUCCAUCCUCGGCACAUCUGAUCCAACAUCCGUCCAGGAACACAUGCUCAAGCUGUACGAUAACUGCGCCGAGCUCAAAUUUGGCCGCGGGAACAAGACGGUGGUUGGUAUGGUCUCGGCGGAGGGAGAAUCUUAUGACUUCAAGUCUCCCUGCAAGGCUGAGGGCGCCGUGGAGGAGUGGAUGGUCGGCGUGGAGAAGGAGAUGCUUCGAUCGCUUCACCUAAUCGCCAAGGAGGGCGUGUUCUACUACGCGAAAAAACGCAGGGACCAGUGGAUAAAGGAUGAGCUGGGCAUGAUCACACUUGCCGGGUCGCAGAUUUGGUGGACCUGGGAGGUUGAGGACGUCUUCCAGCGUGUGCGCAAGGGUGACAAGAUGGCCAUGAAAAACUUCGCCAACAAGCUGAGCGGCCAGCUCGUUGACCUCACCGACAUGGUACGCGGCGAUCUGACCAAAAACGACCGCAAGAAGGUGAACUGCCUCAUCAUCAUUGACGUCCACGCGCGCGACAUCAUCGACACGUUCGUCAGGGACUCGGUUCUCGACGCCAGGGAGUUUGCCUGGGAAUCCCAACUGCGCUUUAGCUGGGACAGGCACGAGGACGACAUCGUCAUCAACCAGUGCACGGGCAGGUUCAACUUUGGCUACGAGUACAUGGGCCUCAACGGUAGGCUCGUCAUCACGGGUCUCACUGACAGGUGCUACAUGACGAUCACAACCGCGUUGACAUACAUGCUUGGCGCCGCGCCCGCCGGACCCGCGGGUACGGGCAAGACAGAGACCACAAAGGAUCUGGCCAAGUCCAUGGCCCUGCUGUGCGUGGUGUUCAACUGCGGCGAGGGUCUGGACUACAAGGCCAUGGGCAUGAUCUUCAGCGGCCUGGUGCAGACGGGCGCGUGGGGUUGCUUCGACGAGUUCAACCGCAUCACCGUGGAGGUGCUCUCCGUCGUUUCGUCGCAGGUGAAAUCCAUCCAGGAGGCCCUCAAGAACAAGCUCACCGAGUUCCUGUUCGAGGGCAAGGAGAUGAAGCUGGUGGCCACGACGGGUAACUUCAUCACCAUGAACCCUGGCUACGCGGGUCGCUCCGAGCUCCCUGAUAACCUCAAGGCGCUGUUUCGACCAAUCGCGAUGAUUGUCCCCGAUCUGCAGCAGAUUUGCGAAAUCAUGCUCUUCUCCGAGGGUUUCAACACCGCCAAGGUGCUAGCCAAGAAGAUGACCGUGCUCUACAAGCUCGCGAAAGAGCAGCUCUCCAAACAGUUCCACUACGACUUCGGCCUUCGCGCGCUCAAGUCCGUGCUGGUCAUGGCGGGUGCGCUGAAGCGCGGCUCGCCCGACCUGGACGAGGGCGUCGUGCUGAUGCGCGCGCUCCGCGACAUGAACCUGCCCAAGUUUGUGUUUGACGACGUUCCCCUGUUCCUCGGGCUGAUCUCCGACCUUUUCCCCGGGCUGGACUGCCCCAGGGUGAGAUACCCGGAGCUCAACGAUGUCAUCGAAGGUGACCUGGCCGAGAACGGGUACAAGGUCAUGGUGAACCCUUCGGAGCAGGUUGACAAGGUUGUGCAGCUGUACGAGACCAUGCUGACGCGUCACACGACGAUGGUGGUGGGUAACACCGGCGGCGGCAAGUCCGUCAUCAUCAAUACCCUCGCCAGGUCGCAGACCAAGAUGGGAAGGCACACUAAGAUCCACGUCGUCAACCCCAAGGCGCAGUCCGUGGCUGAGCUCUACGGAGAGAUGGACCCGGAGACGCGCGAUUGGACCGACGGCGUCCUCUCCAACCACUUCCGAACGCUCUGCAAGCCGUUGCCGCCCGGGCGGGACGAGGUUCGGUGGAUCGUGUUCGACGGAGACGUGGACGCGGUGUGGGUCGAGAACAUGAACUCGGUGAUGGACGAUAACAAGCUCCUCACCCUGCCCAACGGCGAGCGCAUCCGGCUCGUGGACCACUGCAAGCUCCUGUUUGAAGUCGCCGACCUGCAGUACGCGUCACCCGCGACCAUUUCCCGGUGCGGCAUGGUGUACGUCGACCCGAAGAACCUCGAGUACGAGCCGUUCAUCUGGAAGUGGUGCAACUCCCGGCCCGAGGCGCAGGCCAAGGUGCUGCGAGUGCUCUUCGACAAGUACAUGAAGAAGUGCAUCGAUUACUGCCUGGAGGGCGUGGACGGGGAGGUGCUAGAGAAGCCCCUCGCGCUGACCAUCCCGCAGACCAACCUCAACCUGGUCACUCAGUGCUGCAAUAUGCUGGACUGCCUGUUGACCGAGGAGGUUAGCGCGGAGAUUGACGACAACUCCCUCGAGGCCGUCUUCAUCUUCUGCAUCGUCUGGUCCGUGGGCGCUGCGGUGAUUCAGAAGCCCGGGUUUGCGGACCGCGACAGGUUUGACAACUUCGUCAAGCGAACCGCUGAGUUCAUGACCUACGAGGGUGAGGGCCUCACCGCCACGCAGCUGCCCAAGGAUUCCCUGUACGAGUACUGCUUCGACCUCAAGCGCGCCAAGUGGUACACGUGGAAGAGCAUGGUAUCCGCUCUGGAGGUUAAGGACGGCGCCAAGUUCGCGUCGAUCCUUGUUCCCACCGUGGACACUGUGCGGUCCGCGUGGCUGCUGGACACGUUCUCAUCUGCUGGCAAGCCCGUGCUGUUCGUGGGCGACUCUGGCACCGCGAAGACGGUCACUAUCAACAAGUACCUCGGCGAUUUGGAUCCGGAGAAGAACGUCGUGCUCAACAUGAACUUCUCAUCGCGCACCACGUCGUUGGACGUCCAGAGCGUGCUCGAGGGUUCGGUUGAGAAGCGCACCAAGGACACGUUUGGCCCGGCGAUGGGCAAGCGAAUGCUUUUGUACUUUGACGACCUCAACAUGCCGAAGGUUGACCUGUACGGCACCCAGCAGCCCAUCGCACUGCUCAAGACGCUCAUCGAGCGUAGCGGCGUCUACGACCGUGGCAAAGAGCUCAACUGGAAGAAGAUGAAGGAUCUCUUCUACGUCGCGGCGAUGGGUCCGCCUGGCGGUGCCAGGAACCCAGUUGACCCGCGGUUCAUCUCGCUGUUCAGCACUUUCGAGAUUCAGUUCCCGAGCGAGAACAACCUCCGCACCAUCUACGCGUCCAUCCUCAAGUCACACGUCGUCAACCUUAGCGACGAGAUCCAGUCCGCGGCUGAGAACCUCACGGACGUCACCCUGCAGCUGUACAACUUCAUCUUGGAGAAGCUGCCGCCGACUCCGUCGAGGUUCCACUACAUCUUUAACCUCCGCGACUUGAGCCGAAUUUAUGAGGGUCUGCUGUGUGCCACCGACGACAAAUUCAAGACCGCUGGGGACUUCCUCAGGCUCUGGCGCAACGAGGCUCUUCGCAUCUUCCAUGACAGGCUCAUCUCCGACGAGGACAAGGCGAUCGUCGUGACCAAGAUGCACGAGCUGGUGGAGACUGAGUUUGAGCAACACCAGGAGCGAAUCCUCCAGGAUCCGAUUCUGUUCGGCGACUACAAGUCUGCGCACAAGGAGCUCACGCCAGAGGAAGAGGGCGGCCCGGAGGCUGGCGUCCUGCGACUUUACGAGGACGUGGGGACGUACGGCGACAUCAAACCCUGGUUCGAGAAGAUCCUCGGCUACUACAACCAGCUAAACAAGACGAUGAACCUGGUAUUCUUCGAGGAUGCGCUCGAGCACCUCACCCGGAUCCAUCGAAUCAUCCGUCUGGACCAGGGCAACGCGCUCCUGGUGGGUGUCGGCGGUUCCGGCAAGCAGUCGCUGUCCAAGCUCGCCGCCUACACCGCCGGUUGCGGAGUUUUCGAGAUUACGCUGACACGCGGGUACGACGAGUCCAUGUUCAGGGAGGACCUGAAGACGCUGUACACGGAAAUCGGCGUCAACAACCGGAAGAUGGUUUUCCUCUUCACCGACGCACACGUCGCCGACGAGGGCUUCCUGGAGCUCAUCAACAACAUGCUCACCUCGGGAAUGGUACCCGGUCUGUACGCGGACGAUGAGAAGGAGGGCAUCGCUGGCGGCGUCAGGGACGACUGCGCCAAGGCUGGCUUGGGCGAGACGAAGGAGGCGUGCUGGCGGUAUUACGUGGACAGGUGCAGAAACAAUCUCCACAUCGUUUUGGCCAUGUCCCCAGUCGGGGACACCCUCCGCACCCGAUGCAGGAACUUUCCGGGGAUGGUUAACAACACCGUCAUCGACUGGUUCACGCCCUGGCCCGAGGACGCGCUCAGGUCCGUCUCCGAGGUGUUCCUCAGGGACCUUGACAUGCCGGAUGAGUUCCGGGAGACAAUCACCGAACACAUGGUGCUGACGCACCAGUCGGUGAGGGACUACAGCGUCAAGUUUUACGACCAGCUCCGCCGUCACAACUACGUCACGCCCAAGAAUUACCUCGACUUCAUCGCCAACUACCAGAAGAGCCUCACCACGCAGCGCAAGCUCAACACCGACUACACCAACCGCCUCGACGGUGGUCUGCAGAAGCUCAUGAUGGCUGCUGAAGAUGUCGCGCAGAUGCAGAAAGAGCUCGCGGCGCAGAAAAUUGUCGUGCAGGCCAAGACAGUGGAGGUGCAGGAGCUCCUGGAGGUGAUCACCAAGAACACCGCCGAGGUUGAGGAGAAGCAGACGGCGGCCGCGACGAAGGAGACGCAACUCGCCGAGGACAGCGUGCGCAUCGCCAGGGAGAAGGAGGAGGCUGAGGCAGACCUUGCGGCGGCUAUUCCUGCGCUCGAAGAGGCGGCGGAGGCGCUGAAGAACAUCAACAAGGACGACAUCACCAACCUCAAGUCCUACGCGAACCCUGCCGAGGUCAUCGUGAAGGUUCUGGAGUGUGUGCAAAUCCUGAAGGCUGUCCCCGAGGAGGAGAUCGGCUGGAAGGGUGCGCAGGCCAUGAUGACAGACUUCAACUUUAUCAAAUCCCUGAAGGAGUUUGAGAAGGACGGCAUCACCAAGGACCAAAUCAAGAUGAUCAAGGGGUACAUGAAGGACAAGAAGUUCACCCUGGAGGAGAUCAAGUCGGUAUCCAAGCCCGCCGCGGGCAUGUUCAAGUGGGUGCUGGCGAUGAUGAACUACUAUAAGAUCGCCUCCGGGGUGAAGCCCAAGCGCCUGAAGGUGGCCAAGGGGGUCAAGGCUCUCAAGAAGGCUGAGACGGAGCUCGCAGAGAUCAAAGCCACGGUGGAAGCACUCAACGCUGAACUCGCCGAGCUGAGCAAGACGUUCGAGGCAUCCACCGCGGAACAGAAGCGGCUCAAGGACGAAGCCGAGCUCAUGGAGCGACGCCUGGAGGCUGCAGAGAAGCUCAUCGCGGGCUUGGCUAGCGAACGCGUGCGAUGGACUGAGGAUCUGAAGCAGCUCGCCAUCGUCCGCGAGAAGCUCCUGGGCGAUUGUCUCCUCACCUCCUCGUUCUUGUCCUACACCGGUGCUUUCACGUUCGAUUUCCGCAAGGAGAUGACCUACCAGCUGUGGUGCGACGACAUCGCGAGCCGCGGUGUGCCCAUGACCGUCCCUUUCAAGCUCGAGACGCUGCUCACAAGCGACGUGGAAACCGGUCAGUGGGCAUCCGACGGCCUCCCCUCGGACGAGCUCUCGGUGCAGAACGGUAUCCUAACUACGCGCGCCUCCCGCUUCCCGCUGUGCAUCGACCCUCAGAUGCAAGCGGUGACGUGGAUCAAGAAGCGCGAAGGCCAGAAGCUCGACGGCAAGAUGAAGACGUUCAACGACGCCGACUUUUUGAAGCAGCUCGAGCUGGCGGUACAGUACGGGUUACCGUUUCUAUUUGAGAACCUCGACGAGUACAUCGAUCCGGUCAUCGACCCGGUUCUGGAGAAGAACAUUACCGUGAACCCCAUGACCGGCGGUAAGACGAUCAAGCUCGGCGACAAGGAGGUCGACUGGGACGAUAACUUCCAGCUGUAUCUGUGCACCAAGCUGCCCAAUCCCCACUACGGCCCAGACAUCUCCGGCAAGACAAUGAUCAUCAACUAUUCCGUCACCGAGCAGGGUCUGCAGGAGCAGCUUCUCAACGUCACCGUGCGACACGAGCGACCGGAUCUAGAAGAACAACGCGAAGAGCUCGUCAAGGACAUGGCCGACAGCUCGAUGCUGCUCAAGCAGCUGGAGGACACAUUGCUCAAGGAGCUCAGCUCCGCCGAGGGCAACAUCCUCGACAACCAGGAGCUGAUCAAGACGCUUGAGAACACCAAGACCAAGGCGAAGAACAUCGCCGAGAACCUCCAGAAGGCCCAAGUUACUGCAAAGGAGAUCGAAUCCACCCGCGUCAAGUACGCUCCAGUUGCAAAGCGGGGUUCCAUCCUCUUCUUCGUCAUGUCUGCGCUGUCCGUGAUCAACACCAUGUACGAGAACUCUCUCAACAUGUACCUUGAGGUGUUCAACGGAACUCUGGAGACUUCGAAGAAGGAUGCCAAUCUGGAAGGCCGGUUGAGGAACAUCGUUAACGCGCUCACCUAUGACGUGUACAACUUCACCUGCCUCGGUCUGUUCGAGAAGCACAAGCUCAUGCUCUCGUUCCAGAUGACCAUAAAGCUGGAGGAGGGCGAGGACAGGCUAAACCGCCAGCAGCUCGACUUCUUCCUCAAGGGCAACCUCAGCCUCGAAAAGUCCAAGCGCGCUAAGCCUUUCGAUUGGUACCCGGACCAGGGCUGGGAAGAUCUCAUGCGCCUCACCACACUCGGCGACCCAGAGCCCGAGCCCGAGCCCGAGCCCGAGCCCGAGAACCCGACAUUGGAUGCGGAGUCAACGGCGGGAUCCAAGUGGCGCGCGUGGUACGACCUCGACGCCCCGGAGCAGACUCCAUUCCCCGGCGGAUACUCCGAGUCGCUCAACGUCUUCGAGCAGAUGCUACUACUUCGCUGCAUCCGCGUUGACCGCGUCACGGUGGCCAUCACAAAGUACGUCAUCGAGAUUAUGGGGGAGAAGUUCGUGCAGCCGCCCAUCCUGAACUACGAGAAGAUUUACUCGAUGUCCAGCGCGAUGACGCCAGUGGUGUUCGUGCUCUCACCGGGCGCCGACCCGGCGUUCGACGUGUUCCGACUAGGCGAGUCGAUGGGAUACAAACCCGGUGCUAAGCUCAAGUACAUGGCGCUGGGCCAGGGUAUGGGCCCGAAGGCUGCGGAGAUGCUGGAGACUGGCUCAAUGCGCGGACUGUGGUGCAUGCUUCAGAACUGCCACCUUCUCCCCAGCUGGCUCAAGACUCUGGAGAAGAUCCUCGAGCAGAUCACCAAGCCACAUAAGGACUUCAGGCUCUGGCUCACCACCGCACCCACCGACAGGUUUCCCCUGGGCAUCCUCCAGCGCUCCCUCAAGGUCGUCACCGAGCCCCCCAACGGCCUCAAGCUCAACCUGCGGGCGUCGUAUGCGAAAAUCUCCGAGGAUGAGCUCGCCGAGUGUCCGCACACCGGGUUUAGGCCCCUCACUUACGUGCUCGCGUUCUUCCACGCCGUGGUGCAGGAGCGUCGCAAGUACGGCAAACUCGGCUGGAACGUCGCCUACGACUUCAACGAGACGGACUUCAGGAUCUCCCAGCAGCUCGUGAAGACCUACUUGACCAAGGCGUUUGACAACGACGAUGAUCAGCUCCCUUGGGGCACACUCCGGUACCUCAUCGGCGAGGCCAUGUACGGUGGACGCGUCUCCGAUUCGUUCGACCGUCGCAUCCUCACCACUUAUCUCGACGAGUACCUCGGGGACUUCCUCUUCGACACCUUCCAACCCUUCCAUUUUUUCCAGAACGAGGAGGUUGACUACGUGGUACCCGCGCAGGGGAGCAGGGAUGCGUACGCCAAGAUGAUCAACACGCUGCCGCUGUACCAGACGCCCGAGGUGUUUGGGCUGCACGCGAACGCGGACAUCGCGUACUACACGGGCGCGACCAAGGAGCUGUGGGUGAACCUUAUCGACCUGCAGCCGCGAUCCGCGGGCGGUGGCGGGGGCAUGAGCCGCGAGGAUUACAUCGGCACUGUUGCCAAGGAUGUCCUCGACAAGAUCCCCGAGCUGUUUGACAUGCCGGUGAUCAAGAAGCAGCUCGGUAUCCCGUCCCCAACCCAGGUUGUGCUGCUGCAGGAGUUGGAUCGGUUCAACAUCCUCGCUAAGACGAUGAAGUCGACGCUCAAGCAGCUGCAGAAGGCGCUCAUCGGCGAGAUCGGCAUGUCCAACGAGCUCGACAUGCUCGCCACCGCCCUCUUCAACGGCCUUCUGCCAGGCGCGUGGGCCAAGAAAACGGCAGCCACGGAGAAGAAGCUCGGGGCUUGGAUGCUCUGGUUCGAGCGUAGGUACAGGCAAUACGUAGACUGGGUGGAGAACGGCGAACCCGCGGUGAUGUGGCUCUCGGGCCUUCACAUCCCCGAAACGUACACCGCGGCACUGGUGCAGGCGGCGUGCAGGGACAAGGGAUGGCCGCUCGAUAAGUCGACGCUGUACACCAAGGUGACGAGGUACACGGAUCCGUCUGAGGUUCCCGAGAAGUUGCAGCACGGCGCGUACAUUCAGGGACUCUACCUGGAGGGCGCGAGCUGGGACUUGGAGCGCAGCAUGCUGAAGCGCCAGGAUCCGAAGGUGCUCGUCACCGAGCUGCCAAUCCUGCAGGUGAUUCCCGUCGAGGGGAGCAAGCUGAAGCUGCAGAACACGUUCAAGACACCCGUCUACGUGACGCAGUCGCGACGCAACGCGAUGGGUGUCGGUCUGGUAUUUGAGGCGGAUCUCGCCACGUCGGAGCACUCGAGCCAUUGGGUGCUGCAGGGCGUGGCUUUGUCUUUGAACAUUGAUCAGUAA